AUGGAGGAUCCGUUUUUUGUCGUUAGGGAGGAGGUCCAGCGAACGAUCGACAUGACGAUUAAUUUAUUUUACAGAUGGUGUGACCUGACAAACGAGCCAUCGCUAUGUUCAAAGGAGGAAUAUGAUUGGACCACAAAUGAAUUGAAAAACUGUUUGAGAAGUAUUGAGUGGGAUUUAGAAGAUCUGGAUGAAACUAUAAAUAUCCUU